AUGUAUUCAAGAGCUGAACUUAUAGGCGUUUCAUUGGAGAAUGGCUCAACUCUUUCGAGUGUUUUCCAUGCCUGUGGCGAAGCUGCGCAACAAAUCCACCGAGAAUGCGAAGAAAUACUUGGCACAAGCUCACAAAGUCACGACGUCGGUCUGGCUGGAUGUGGCUCAGCCCUGGUCAGUCUACUUGGCCGCCAGGCAUUGCAGAUCAGUCACAGGUACCAAUCGAGGAAGUCUGCAGAUCCGCCAGACACCCCUACUGCAGCAGGAAAACAGAGCUUCGUGCUGCGGCGACUAGAAGAUAUCAUAUCUAUCACCUACUCCAAAUUCUACGCUUUCCUUUUCAAAGACCUGCCGUACUGUUGGCGCCAACUCUACACAGACGCCAGUAUUCUCAAAUUCUGCUUGCUCGUUGAGCAGACGUCGCGCGUGCGGGAAGACGUUGAAGUAGAAACUAAAGGCCCUGAUCGAGAUGAGCUCACUGAAGUCAUCAAAGUCCUCGAUCUAGCUUUGAUACUGGCUGGAGGAGCGGGGCAACAGCGAGGAAGGAAAUGGAUUGACCAGGCCUUUGAAUUGCUUCAUCGGGCAUGGGCUGCAAAGCAGGGGACUGGUGAUGAUGCCAGCUUCAACAUGGAAAGGCCUAAGAAACGGCUCAGGUCAGGCGAGGGGGAACUUGGGGUCGUUUCUCCUGAUCGGGGAACGGCGACCAGAGUGUUUUCCACACGUGAGCCCUUCACACCUCCCGUGAAACACCCAAUCAAGCGUUUGGAAGCCGUGUCGCUCUACGCAUUUCAAUCGCACCUGGACAACCCCCUCGAUCGUAAAGUCGGACCCCAGCCGCUUGUUCUGACCAAUGUGGUCGAGGGAUGGCCGGCGUGCAGUACACAUCCAUGGAACAGGCCAGCAUAUCUACUGUCCCAGACCUUGGAUGGUCGCCGCUUGGUGCCCGUGGAGAUAGGCCGCAGUUACGUCGACGAAGGGUGGGGCCAGAAACUCAUCACAUUUGGCGAAUUUCUUCGAGACUACAUCGACCCAUCGCUUUCCGAGCCCGAAAUCACAGAAACGGAGGACGGCUUGGCUCCGCCACCAGACAAACCCAUAGCGUAUCUUGCCCAGCACCAGCUGUUUACGCAGUUUCCUGCUUUGCGGAAUGACAUUCUCAUCCCAGACUACUGCUACACAUCGCCGCCGCCGCACCCCACAGACAGAAGUAUAGAUCAGCCGGAGCUCGAUGAGCCGCUGCUCAAUGCAUGGUUCGGUCCGCCUGGAACCAUCACACCACUUCACAAUGACCCCUACCACAAUCUGCUCGUACAGGUGGUGGGACGCAAGUACGUGAGGCUAUACUCACCUUUGGAAACGGAGAGAAUGCACGCACGGGGGAAGGAAGAAGGGGUCGAGAUGGGAAAUACAAGUAUGAUAGACGUUGGGGUCAUCGAGGGCUGGGACCAUGUUCCUCAAGACCAAGACCAAGACGCGUCCGACCAGGAGAAGAACGAAAGAGUCCAACAAGCUUUCAAAGAGGUGCCAUUCGUGGAUUGUAUCUUGGAGCCUGGAGAUACGCUCUACAUCCCGAACGGUUGGUGGCACUAUGUCAGGGGCUUGAGUGUGAGCUUCAGUGUCAGUUUCUGGUGGAACUAG